UAGUUGUACUAACCAAAAGAACUGAAAAACCGGAGCCGGGCAGGCCGGUGGGCUUCGGCAGUUUGGCUGUGGCUGUCUUCUAUGACUCUCUUCGUUUCACGGUUCACUCUCUCUGCUCUGCCAUUGCACCAAGUAGUUUCUCCCAGUCCUAAUUCAUCACUGCAAUCCCAGUCCCGUAAUCUUUCUUUCGCUUGGUGUAAGCAUGGCUAUCAUUGAUCUUUCUGCAAAAAUGCACAUUUACAACUCAUUUGUCCAUCUUUCCUGAUCUCUGAUGCUCUACUUCAUUGCAAAGAUGGCCUCAAUCUUGAGAAGAAAACGACCUGUAACUUCAUUUUUUCUUGACCUCCCAAAGAACAGUCCGUUUGCUUCAGAAUCAUUCCUUCGUAAACCCUCCCAAAACCCUCAUCCUCUAACGCCAUCUACCAGUUACCUGAACAAUAAUAGGGUUCAAUUUAUUAGGCCCUUUUCAACCAAAUCUACUGCCAAAUUCCCCGAAUAUCAAAUGCCCUCUGUUACCUGGGCCGUGAUACAGGGGCGCAAAGAGAAACUCGUCUCGCGUGUUAUAAUUUGUGACUACCUCAAGGGUAUAGGCAUAAUCCCUGAAGAGUUGGAGGAUCUAGAAUUGCCAUCUACCGUUGAAGUCAUGCGCGAGCGUGUGGAGUUCUUGCAGAAGCUUGGACUCACCAUUGACGAUAUUAACGAAUACCCCUUGAUGCUAGGUUGUAGCGUGAGGAAAAACAUCAUUCCUGUCUUGGGGUAUUUAGAAAAAAUUGGGAUCCAAAGGCCUAAACUUGGUGAGUUUGUUAAGAAUUAUCCGCAAUGCCUUCACGCUAGUGUUGUAGUCGAGCUUGUUCCGGUCAUCAAGUUUCUGAGGGGGCUUGAUGUUGAGAAGCAGGACAUCGGUUAUGUCUUGAUGAAGUAUCCCGAGUUACUGGGAUUCAAGCUUGAGGGGACUAUGAGUACUUCAGUGGCUUAUUUAGUUAGUAUUGGGGUUCAUCCAAGGGAUAUUGGUCCCAUGGUCACUCAAUAUCCCUACGUUUUGGGGAUGAGAGUUGGGACGAUGAUUAAGCCACUUGUGGAUUACUUGGUUUCUCUGGGGUUGCCGAAGAAGAUUCUGGCUAGGAUGUUUGAAAAGAGAGCAUAUUUACUUGGAUAUGACCUUGAGGAUACUGUGAAACCAAAUGUGGAGUGUUUGAUUAGUUUCGGAAUUAGACAGGAAGCACUUGCUUCAGUCAUUGCGCAAUACCCCCAAAUUCUUGGAUUACCUCUGAAGGCUAAAUUGUCUUCCCAGCAGUAUUUCUUCAACCUAAAGCUUAAGGUUGAUCCUGAUGGUUUCGCUCGUGUUAUUGAGAAAAUGCCACAGAUUGUGAGUCUUAACCAGCAUGUGAUAAUGAAACCUGUGGAGUUUCUUCUUGGACGCGCAGUUCCAGCAGAAGAUGUAGCAAAGAUGAUUGUCAAGUGUCCUCAGCUAGUUGCUUUACAAGUUGGGCUCAUGAAAAACAGCUAUUACUUUUUUAAGAGUGAAAUGGGCAGACCACUAAAAGAGCUCGUUGAAUUUCCAGAAUAUUUUACUUAUAGCUUAGAAUCAAGGAUCAAACCCAGGUUUCAGAGGUUGCAAAGCAAGGGGAUAAGCUGUUCUUUGGCUUGGUUUCUCAACUGUAGUGACCAAAGAUUUGAAGAGCGACUCCAUGGGCAUUACAUUGAGGCAGAGAGUGCUGGUCCGUCAUUUUUUAUGGGUGGGAAGUUGGAGUUACCAGGAAAUGAGAUUGUAUCAGAAGAGGAGGAUGAGAGUGAUGACGAAAUACUUUAUAGACGCACUGUCUCUUUGUAGUUUUUUUUUUUAUCUAUAUUAUCUCAUCUAUAAUAUUACUAAAGGAUUCAUUCUCA